AUGCCCCCUGCUACCCGCUCUGGCCCUUCCUCUGCACCCGUCCCCAGUGAUGCAGACACACCUACCUCCUCACUGACGAGUCUGGCUGAUCCAGUUGAGACCGGUGGGCCCUCACAGGCUCAGUCCCAAGCCGAUCCCUCCUCUGAAGUCAGUAACCUCGGUGACGCGGUCGUGCCUCAGACGCUCCCUGCCGAAGACGGAACGGCAACGGAUCAGUCACAGGUGGCCUCGGGAAGCCGAGCCACCGAUCACCCGACCGACCUCCCCGCGCGUGGUACCUCUCUCGCGCCGUCCGAAACCCCUUCCUCGUGGCACUCGGAUCUACAAGUUCUCUCGCAAAACCAGGCUCUCCUCACGCGUCUGCUCCAUACCAUGCAUGAGCAGAACAUUCUCCGAGCUCAGAGUCUCCCUACUUCGCAAACGCCCCCUCCUCCCGACAACCCUUCUUCCCAGCCGUCGUUCGAACGUCGACGUCGCCUUCGCCCUGCCGACCUCACCAAAUUUGGUGGCUCCGACACCGAAGACGUCGAUAUGUGGCUCGAAAAGUUGACAGCCGCUCUUGAGCACGCCGACUAUCCCGAGUCCGAGCUCCUCUCGAAUCUUCCAUUCCUUCUCGAAGGAAAAGCGCUAGACUGGUUCACAGAUUUGGGCCCGGUCCGCCGCGACUACCAGACAUGGGACGAGUGGCGUGUCGUCUUCAAGAACGCUUUCCGGAUCCCCGACUUCGAGGGAGUUAUGCGCCGAAAGUGCAUCGCGCGUCGCCUUCAGCCCUUCGAGUCGUUCGCCGACUACUUCGAUGACAAGCGCCGACUCCAACGAUGGGUUUACCCUGUCGGGACCUCUUCAAAAGACCUUAUCACCGAUAUAGUCGAGGGGAUCCCUCUGGUUAUGCGCGCCCUAAUCAAAGCAUCGACUCCACCCGGUGCAUCUUUAGACGACUUCCGUCGCAUCAUGCUGGAUCUUCAGCCCAGCCUCCGCUCUCAAUUCCCAACUCCGAACGACAAGCCACCCAGAGUACACAACGACGACCAACAAGACCGCUCUCGCACUGCCCCAAGCCGUCAGUCCCCGCAGACGCGAGCAGCCGCUCCUCCCUCUCCCUGCAGAGCCUGCGGCGAAUGGCAUUGGCGCGAGUUCUGUCCCCUAAACAGCCCGCGCCCUUUCAACACCCCGCCUUCCGACUCUUAUGGUCGCUCGCAAAAUGGCUUCGAUGAUCACCAGCGCCACGACAGCCAGAGUCGUACUUUCGCUGGUUCAGGUAGUAACGGCAUCUCUCGGCCUUCCGACAAUGGCUACCAAGACCAACAGGACACGCGUCCAUUCCAGAGCCACAGCCCGGGCAACGUAUAA